AUGCAGAGUAUCGAUGUGAACGGGCGCUUUUGCAACCUCUGUGGGACACCCUCUGAGGAGCGUGCGCCCGGAAGCACCUUCGUGGUGCGUAGCGACUGCGGCAACCACAGCAUCUUCGAACACCCGGAUAAGGCAUUUCUACCUUUGAGCAGCUUCAAGAAGGAGGCCACAGCAGAACACAAUGAGACCAAUGCCUGGUGCGAGUUCAACCUUGAAAAAGGCUGCGCUGAUGCUGUGUACAACAAGGACUACAUGAUGUACGCCAAGGGCGUCGAGCUCCCCAGCGCGCCCCUUUUUGGCUACUCGGUGAACUCCUUUGACCAGCACUACUGCUACCUCAAUGGCUGGCUGGAACCUGAGAUCAGGGCAUUGCAGUUCGACUACGAGGGCAUGACUGCCAAAGGCCAAGAGCUGUGCAAGUCAGAUCACCUAGUCCAACUUGGCGCGAACGGAAACAUAACCUUGGCAGACAUGAUGCUGCACUACUUGCCACAUCUGCCCGGCACGCCUUUCAGCAACCCAUCCAUUGGCGACGCGCACUUCGUCGCAGCAUGGACCUGUGCCAUGGGCAGCCCAGCGUGCGACAUGGCCUACUGUGCUUAUACAUUCUGCAGGAAGGCGGAUGGCAGCUUUGGUACCUACGAAGAGUGUCCAGGCUGGGACCCUGUAAAGGGCAUGCCGGUGCAU